CUUAUCGGGCUCUGCACAUUGCUCUAAGUACGUGCAUAAAGUAAUACUUCACUCACACCAGAAAGACCAGAAUUAGGCUGCAAGAUGGUUGGGAAGCUCUCCCACGAGAUAGAGGUAAACGUGCCGGCAAGCGAAGCAUGGGAGCUCUAUGGCACCCUUCGGUUGGGAAAACUUAUUGUUGAAGAAGCUUUUCCAGGUGUCAUUGAGAAAAUUGAGGUCAUUGAAGGUGGUGGUGAGGCUGGGACGAUCGUCAAGAUCAUACCAGGAACAACUGGUUCUAAAGCUUAUAGAGAGAAGUUCACAAAAGUCGACAAUGAGAAACGCCUGAAAGAACUAGAGGUGAUUGAAGGAGCUUAUCUUGAGAUGGGGUUUACAUUUUAUCGUGUGAGUUUUGAGAUCGUGGAAAAGGGCAAUGAUUCAUGCAUUAUAAAAACUACAGUUGAGUAUGAUGUGAAGGAAGAGGCAGCUGCUAAUGCCUCCAAUGUCGUCAGCAUCGAGCCAUUUGCAAAAGUUGCAGAAGCUGCCAAAAAUCAUCUCCUGAAAAACAAAACUGCUUAAGAUCAUCAUCAUCGAUAUUAUUAUUAUCAUUAUAUAGUUGGGAACUUUUGUAUGCAGUCUUGUACUGAUCAAUAUAUAAAACAGCAUCUUAUUAAUUCAGUGAUAAAAGUUACAAAAUGAUGGUGAUGUUGAUGAUCAUAAUAUUAGGUUUUUCAUGUAACAAUA